GGGGACGGCGGCGGGAGAGGGCCGGUGAGGCCAUGAGCCGCAGGGGUGCGGUGCAACGCAAGGUGCCGUGCUUGUUCGUGACCGAGGUGAAGGAAGAGCCGUCGGUCAAGCGGGAGCGGCAGCCGUUUAAAGUUUUGGCAACUGAAACACUAAGUGAAAAGGCAUUAGAGGCAGAUAUAUACAAUGCAGUUCCUACUGAAAAAGUGGAUGGAACCUGCUGCUACGUAACGACCUAUAAAGGGCAACCAUACCUAUGGGCCAGGCUGGACAGAAGACCCAACAAACAAGCUGAAAAAAGGUUCAAACGAUUCCUAUAUUCAGUGGAAGAUUGUAAAGAAUUUAUUUGGAAUGUUGAAGAGGAUUUCAAGCCUGUUCCAGAUACCUGGAUCCCAGCCAAGGAAAUAGAGUUCUCUAAUGGCAAUCCUUUGCCUGAUGAAAAUGGACAUAUGCCAGGUUGGGUGCCUGUGGAGAAAAACAGUAAGCAGUAUUGCUGGCACUCAUCUGUUGUAAGUUAUGAGACUGAAAUGGCACUUGUAUUGAAACACCAUGCUGACCCCGGGCUUUUGGAAAUUAGACCGGUGUCACUGUCAGAACUUCUAGAACAAACACUGGAGCUUAUUGGGACAAAUAUUAAUGCAAAUCCAUAUGGACUGGGAAGCAAAAAGCAACCUAUACAUCUUCUGGUACCCCAUGGAGCAUUUGAAAUAAAGAAUCCGCCUACUUUGAAACAAAGUGACAUAGUGUCAUGGUUUGAAGGCUGCAGUGAGGGUAAAGUUGAAGGAAUUGUUUGGCACUGCCGUGAUGGAUGUUUAAUUAAGCUCCAUCGCCAUCAUCUUGGUUUAUGCUGGCCACUUGCAGAGACAUACCUGAAUUCUCAGCCUGUUGUUAUUUCUUUCAAUAGAAAUGACUAUGACUGUGAUUUUGGACCAAAGAGUUUGUUUCACCAGUUUUCAAAACUAGAUGGUCAAAGAUUUGACAGACUCAAAGAUAUCAAGUUUGAUGAUUGAAGUUACUUUUCUAUUUUAAGUUAAUAGCUCUAUGUCCCGCAUUCCGCUUUUUUCUAUCACAGAACUCCUUACAAAAAGGAAUCUUCCUGCUUGAACAGCAAGCUCUGUACUCUACAGUUUGAAGUUUUUCUUGAAUGACUUAUUGUAAGUAGUAACAUAUGUGACAUCCAGAACACAAUCUAGCUUUAGCAUGUUUAUUUUCAUUUUUCAAAAAUUCUUAACUUGUGCACCCAUUUCUGGAAUGGUUAAGCAGCACGUUGUCUAACUAACUGGCUGAUCCUAGUAGCUUAGUUAAUGAAUGUAUUCAACUGUGAAAGUUCCCUAGGAUGCACUUUUCUAAUUAUAAUUACUGUGACACAACAACAUGUAGAACUCAGAUUCAGGAUCUAGUUUUUUUUCUUAUCAGUGAUGAAUAGAUUUGUGGUGGGUCAAGAAUUAGGUCUAAAGUGUGAUGAUUUCUUAAAACGUUUAUGUCUUUCUUGGGUGAAAAUAUUUUAUGGUAUUAUUCAACUGAUAAGCUGCAGCGUUAUGCUAGUACCUGAAAAACUAAUUAAGCUACAUCCUACAUCUACUUCCACUAUUUUUCUGCAAAGAUCAGAGGAAGUAAAAGGAAGUAUACUCAUUCUAUUUUGAAGAUUCUUAGUGAGAGAUUUGGCUUGGCUUCGUAUUAUCAAUUUUAAGACUGCAUCUAAAUUUAUGAAAUACAUAUUAAGUAUUUGAAAAAAGAUGGCACAAAUAAUAAAGUAAGAAUGCAUAGUGGUUUGAGUGGGCUUUUAUUUGCUCUAUAAAAGUAUACGUCUAUAUGUAUAAAGUAUACAAAAGGAAAAAACUCACAUAGUAACUGUACAUUUAUCUACAAAAAUACUGCUAGUUUGGCUGACAUACUGCAAGCAUGUUUUCCAUUCUUUAUUCUUGAAUUUUCUACAAUUGAGGUAAUAAUUAACGUUGUAAGAACAGAGAUGACCACAACACUAUCUACUGUUGAGAUGCAAGAGACAAGAAUAAAUUACAGAAUUGUUGAGUUGGAAUUUACCAUACGUAAUGUGCUUUCAGAGUUUCUGAACUUCUGGUUAGAGUUGAAAACUUGGAUUUUCGGACUUUUCCUUAAGAAUGUGUAUUACUGUAAUUACUGUUCUGAAUAAUAUUGCAAAGUAGAUGGGGGACGUAAAACUGGUUUUCAUUUUGACUGGUGUAUGUAAAUACUGACCAGAGUCCAUUGACUUAAUCAAUUCAACAAGCUGCAGAAUGUACCAAAUCGUUAUGACUUCAAUAACUUUUUGUUUUUUUUAAUCCUGGAAUGACAGACAAAUCAGUAUUACAUAACUGCCCUAGAAUUUUUUUUCUUUAUCAGUGCUGAGGAAACUAAACGCCUAAUCAACAGAAGUAUUGGCUGGGCUAUUGACUUGCGUGCCAAACUCUUCAGACAGCUUCUUUAAUCUUUCUUCUAAAAUAAUAUUUUUUUUUAAUUCUUCAUUAUAGUUGUAUUUCAGAUCUUCAAUUUCUUCAAAAAAGGAAUUAUUGAAGUUUUCCAGUUCUUUUCUCAACUUCUUUGUUUCUUCCUAUUACAAAGAAUAAAGGGGUAUAAUCUGCAACCAAAACUUAGGAAGUACUUGUCACCAACAGCUUUUCUGCCUUUUUCUUCAGAGGCAAAAGUGUUAGAGAACAUAUGUUCUACUACAGACAAAUCUACUUAGGAGGAGAAAAUUCACUAACAAAAUCAGCUACAUAGGCGUAAUGGUUAGAAACUGACUGUUGUUUCAGUGUUAUUUAGGGUAUUAAAUAGGUUCUUCUAGCUGACUAUAGUUGUGCUUAUUAUCUUGCCAAAGAUCAUCUUUGCAACUCACCUCUAGCUGCUCUUUCUCCAACUUAGAGGCUUUCAGCUGUGCCUGGAGGUCAGCUACUUCUGUCAUUAUCUUAUCAUUUUUAUCCUUCUUUGAAACUUCACUAUUUCCUGAAAAAAUUAUCGACUUGAUAGGAAAUUUCAGGUUAAGUAUAAUCAAUUACAUGAUAAAUUUGUUACAAUAACACUUCAGCUGUAUCAACUGUAAAGAGAUGCAGUGUGAAUACUCAGUUGUGAUCAACAACUACCAGAAUUUCAAAUCAUCUUGGCUAUUCUUUGAUUCUUCCACAAAUUAGGUAAUGGUGUAUAAUUCUUGUUAUUGAAUGCAGUACUCAAGUGACCAGUCUGUUAGCACAUUUCUGAAAAAUACAUGUGCAGUUUCUCUGAAUUAAAUACAGAAAAUUUGAAAAAGAGAGUUUAAGGAUCUUAUUAUAUUCAUGAUUCAAGAGUGUGUUGUUUUUGUUUAGUUGUUUUUUUUUUUUCUUUCUAGUCUUAUGGCAGUAUGCUGCUCUACAGCACUCUUUGCUUUUGCUGUGACUUUUUCUGACAGCUGCUAAUCUUAAAUCAUUCACAGGGCUGGUAUUCUGAAAUAGACACUUGUUUUCUGGCAGUCUAGAACUCAAGGCAAGAGGAGUAAGCAAGAGGGUUUCAGUGAAUGACCGAUGUCUUACCAGCAGUAUUUGAGGUUUAUAAAGCAUGAAAUACUUACUUCUAGGAAAGGGAAAUCUUGCAAGAUUCCAGCCUCUUGCUCAAAAUAAUUUGUACUAAUAUCUCCUUAUAAAUAUCUUAGGUAAAUUCUCAGAGACCUUAAUUUGUUCCAGUUUAUGGUACACUGGCAUUAAUAAAACCAUAUAAAUAUUUGGAUUAUAUUAUCAUCUUGCACACACGUUAAGUAAAAGUAGUUUUAGGCCCAAACUACACAACAAUCUUUAUUUUAGGUAUUGGAAAUGAUUACCAGCUGCAGGACCUUCACUUGUGUACAUGUGUAUCUGGUGCUUAUAAUCUUCUAUCUGGCGUCCUAGUUCUGCUUUUUCUUCCUUUAAUCGACUAUUAGUUAAUCUGGAACAUAAAAUAUUCUUUUAAUAAUUUAAAAAAUAUUAUAAUGUUUCGGAAUAUGUAAUACGUAAGUAAAAACUGCAGUGGCUUUUUGUUGAUCAUUCUCAUUUCAUAUAUGUUGGCUGAGGAAUACAGUACCUUAAAAGCUGAAGCUCCCUGAUGAGGCCAUGCUCUGUCCUUGCACCUUCAGGAAGGUGGCUGAGAAGCUCAAUCUUGAAAGAAAAGGUAAACAGACAAACGAACAAACAAAAGUCAGUCUUGAAAACACUAUUCACAGAUAGUGUAUUUCACAUGGAGUUAGUUACUUCUCUUUGGAAUAGUUUAAUAAAAUGAAAGAAAAUAACACUAUUAUACUAAUGGUGUAACCAAGGGUGGGGGAAAAAAUAACCUACAACCACUUUCUGCAAAGUUUCUAAUUAUCUACAGUACUCUUAAAGCUAGGGUGUGCUGCAUACUUAAUAAGGGUGGAAAAAAAGUAUUGAAAAGAAUGUUAGGAACAUAAAUUGAGACAUCAGAAUAAUGUAUCGAUCUACUUAUGAAAGUGAUAACACAGUAAAGGUACUGACAGGUUUGUUUGCAUACCUAGGUGUCCAAGUUUCUUUGUGUUAUUUGAAAUGCAAGUAACUGCAAUUAAAACUCAAAUUAAUGUACAUUGACUAGGAAUGAUCUGUAGUCAUAAACUAGAAUCAGAGAGGGAGUUAGUCUGUAGAUGUACCUUUCAGUAGAAGAUACAAGAGCAAAAAUUUAAAGUCUCUUAAAUUAGAUUUUUUUAAAAAAAUACAGUGAUUAUUUAUGAACUCUCAUAAGGCUACUGUUAGGUAUAGAUUUUGGUUCUAUUAUUACCUAAAAUUCUUUGACAGUAGCUCUCUGUUUCUUUGAAAUAGAGCGAACCUUGACCACACCCCUUCAUUUGCAUUUGAGACAAAACAAACCUGAAAUUAUGUUGCCCCAGAGAAAUGUCACAUAAAAAAGAAUUUGCUCUUAAUUUUGCUAAUGGUAAGCAGGAUCCAGCAGUUCAGGAGAGGCUUGUUCAUGUUAAUAGCGUUGACUUUAAACCAGAAAGAGAAAAGCAAACAUAAGCAAAGCUUAAAGUUUUACAAAACUCCAUUCCAUGUUUUUUUCUAUUUAUUGAACACAUUUACUUGGUUAGAUAAUGUAUGACUUUUGUGUAUUCAGCACUUUACUCUGAAAAGUGCCAGUGCAAGAUGUCCAGGGAAGAAAAGCGUGCAGUUAGUAAACACGAAGAUAGAAGCUAAUCCAGGUUAAUCCAGGUACAUAAACAUAGGCCUACAUCUCUGGCAUACUUGAAACUCAAAAUCUGACCCAUCUUUUCAAGUGUACCUUAGUAAAAUUCAGUAACUCUUCCAUGUAUGAAGUAUAUCUGUAAGACUUAUUUUAAGGACUGUGAUGAUAUGAUGCCAUAGUGGAAAGAAACACAAAAAUCCCCUUUAGGAUGGAAAAGUCAGUGCCCCAAAAAGACCUGAAGAAAGAAGAGUUCCUGUAGGAAAAUUACUUUGCUGAGCAAGCUAGAAUGAUUUCAAGACAAUAUGAAGUAUCUAUGCUUAUAGCCUUUCAAAUGAUCAGUGAAACCAUAAUUAAAUAGUAUAUAGAGAAAUACUGUUUCCCCUAAGAAGGGGAAGGCAUCAAUAUGUAUUGAUAAGUGGUAAACCUUAUUAAUCAGCAAAAAUAUCUAAAUGUACAAUUAUGGCAACUAAAACUGAAAAUAAUUAAAAACAUAGAUUAGAGAAAAAUAAACUGUCAGUAUGGACAUCAGAAGAAAAUUAAAAUUAACCAAUCUAUUCUGAGACUCAUCUGGCUUAGAUAUUUACUCACUUGUUCUUUUAGAUCCUGUAAGUUUUUAUCAGCAUUGUGUUCACGUUCUGUUGCCUCCUGAAGCAGCCGUUUCAGGUCAGUAAUGCUUUGGGUUUUUUUAGCAAUAUCCAUUUCCAAUUCCUUCAUCUUUGUUUCAUGCAUCCUGGUAUUAUGAUUGUUAUGAUUAUUAUUAUUUAAAGAGAAAAAGAUAAGAGGAAAUGCUAACACGUUUACAAAAAAUAGAAAUCAAGAUAUUCUCAAAGCAGGUAAGGUGUUGUAAAAGAUACCCCAAAAUAUGUUUGGAACGGAGGCCUUCAAAUACUCACUGAUCUUAUUUAAUAAGUGAGCUGAAUUAAGCAUAAUGAAACAUUUUAGUAUUAUUUUAGAAUAACGGUUCUUCCAAAUGUUCCACCAUUGCUGACCUUACUACAGGUUUGUACUCUAACAAGGAGUUACUGUAAUCCUCUAUGGUUUUGCAUGUACACACCAGGCUAUUUCUUGCUAAACCAUGCAUGUCUCUUACUGCACUCAGUUGGAUGAUGCAGUGGAUGCACUGUUCAUGUCUUACUUCAUUGUCUGUGAUUUAACAGUUUAUGGAAAAUAAAUCAUCGUAGUGCAAAAAAGCUUAAUACAGAUGCAGGAGAUGUAGACUCUGAACAGAAAAAGCGUUCUACAAGAAAUGAUGUUCUGCCUUGGACUCUGAGUUCAUUUUGCUUUGAGCUAGCUACAAAAAUGUUUUUUAAGAAACACGGAAACGUUGAUUGCAAGACACUGCUAGAGAUAUCUAAUCCAGUCUUCCUGCUGAAGAAGCUUUUCAGAUGUGGAUUCUAACCUCUUCCUACAUGUCAAACAGUAAAAUCCCAAGGAUCAUGUAGGUGAUGCCCUACCAAGGACAUUUUACUACCAUGUACCUGAUCUGGAAAAUAUGCUGAUGAGGUGGACUACAUGAUAAAGUGCUCCAAUGAGUUUUUCUAGGUUGAUACUAUUUAUUUACUUCAAAAUGUUGUUAAUUUUAAACCAUGUUAAACCAAAUAAAAAGUUUUUAUUCACAUCA